UUCGUGACUUCGUGACAGCACGACGAUCAACGAAUGCGAAUAAUGCUCUGAAACGAAAAUAUUAGUGUUCAUUUUUUUAUCCGUUUACAAAUCGUUUAGUGAUAAGCGCCGAUUACGUCCUGUUCAUAAAAAAAUUCCGUCCGUGUUCACCGACAAGUGCAUGGAGAUGAGACCGUCGUACGGCGGUCGGUGAAAGUGGUUUGUGGUUUGUGAUCGUGUCGUAGUAAGUGCAAGUGUGCGAGGAUGGGUGUGGGGCUCCAGCCGCUGGAGUUCACGGAGUGCCUGGCCGAUAGCCCGCACUUCCGAGAGAACCUGCAGCGCCACGAGAAGGAGCUCGAGCGCACGAGCCAGCAGAUCAAACGACUCAUAAAAGAAGUCAAGGAUGUUGUUCAGGCCGCUAAACGUGAGUGCAUCGGCGCCUCGAUGACAGAAGACGAGCGCGCCAUCGGCCGCUCGCUGCAGCACUUCGCACAUCUCAUACGUACCGUCGAGGAUGAGAGGGAGCGCAUGCUGGGCCGCGCGCACGAGCAGAUUAUCCAGCCUCUCGAGCGCUUCCGCAAAGACCACAUUGGUGCCGUCAAGGAGGGAAAGAAGAAGUUCGACAAGAAGACAGCAAAGUUCUUGUACUGA